CUCAUUUCAAGCCCUUGGAUGUCUAGGAGAAGAAGGAUGAUGACACGUCGAUAGUGAACUAGGGCUUUCAUCAUUUACUAUAUAAGAUUGGAGUGAGACAUUGUAAAAGCUUAAGAAACAAGAAAUAGAAAUUACAUUUUCAGAAAUCUUAUUUCUUCAACUUUCAUGGUAUCAGAGCACCAUGGAAGCGCUUGAACUCUACAAUCCUCCUUCACUCAAAAUAGUAAACUCAGUUACAGUAAAACUCACAGAAAGAAACUACCUUCUAUGGAAAAAACAGUUUGAAGCGUUUCUCAAGCUUUGAAAGCUGCCGCAAAUAUAGCUGGCUAUCACUCUCGCAUCUGGGACAAUGAAGCUAAGAUGAUCGACAAAAUUUCCGGAGAUGUUAUGAAAGUGUUGGUGUUUACACCAUCAAAAGAUUUUGAUGACUUUGUUGGCAUGGAAGCUCGUAUCAAGGAGAUAAAGCUGUUGUUGAGCCAACAAUCCGAUGAUGACGUUAAGAUCAUAGGGAUCGUGGGUCCUGCUGGGAUUGGUAAAACGAGCACUGCCAGAGUUUUGUACAACCGGUUCUCUCUUAAUUUUGAGUUCAGCACGUUUAUUGAGGAUAUCAGGGGGAGUAGUGAGAUGCCUUCUCUCGGUGGCUCCCAUCAUAAGUAUCAGUUGGAUUACCAGAAAGAAUUACUGUAUAGGAUUUUCAACCAAAAGGAUAUUAAGGUUGAUCACUUGGGACUGGCUAAGCAAAGGCUAAGAGACAAAAGAGUGUUGAUUGUUCUUGAUGAAGUGGAUUGCUUGUUGAAACUAGAGGCAAUGGCAAACAAGCCUGAUUGGUUUGGUCCCGGAAGUAUGAUUAUCAUUACAACCGAAGAUAGAAUUAAACCUUCUCAAACAAUGAUAUUCCGUGUUUUUAACGGUUUUAAACUCGUUUUGGAGCAAUUAAAUGGUCGGUUUUAAUUAAUGUUUUGGUCUAUUUGAUGCGUUUUGGUGUU